CUCUUACCUUCUGUUGUCCUUGGAGUGCAGAAACCACAACUCUCAAAGUUGUCGUUUUUACCAUUGUACAAGGGGAAUUUGGGAGAUCUGGAGCAGCAGUGUAUGUUAAUCACCACAAUGUCUUGGGCAAACUUCGGCGAUAACGAUGUUGAGCAGUUUUGGAUAACCAUUGCAAAUCACACGGCUGCUUCAGGGGAUUUUGACUUUCUACAGUUGGGACAUUUUGCUUUGAGUUUGUUGACGAUGCCUUUCACUAAUGCAGCCGUAGAAACGACUUUCUCUGAAAUUAAUCUAAAUAAAAUGAAACUGAGAAACAGAAUGCAGCAAGGCAUGCUAGAAGCUUUGUUACGCAUUUAAAGCUACAUGAAGCACAGAGGGAUCUGUUGCAAUGGAUUUAUCCCAACAGCAAUGCUGAGUAAAUUCAUUCAAACAUUUAUUCGACCGAUGAUCAUGGUGAUGAUGUUCUAUCCAACUAAUAUUUUGCAGUUACAGAUAAAUGUCAGCCCAGUAUCGUCAGACAUUCAAGGAGAUUAUUGACAAGGUGGCGCUGGUGAAACAAGAGGGGGGUGAAAAACGCAUUCAUUUAAAGAAAAAGUAUCAAUAUCUGUUGCAUCUCCAAGAAACUGCCAUGCAAGAAGAGAAUAAGCAGUGUUCCAGGAGUCCUGUGUCUUCCAGAGUUGCAGCACCUGUACUUUGGGAAGGGACAUUACCCCAAACUGCUCAUCAAGACAGUAGUUCCAGUUCAACAGACUUUAGACCAGGCAUGGAAGAUCAGGAGGCCGAGAAAAGCAUCCAGAAAUAUAGACGCCAUCAAGGAGCUAUGACUCCUGAAAUUAGAAUCACAGAAGAUGACACAGGCACAAAUUGGAAUGGCAAGGAGCAAGACAGCCACUGGGUAGGUUGGAGCAGAUCUUUGGAGGAACCAUUGCAAAAGGAUGUUCCAGAAGAUGAAGAGGAGCAUGAAAAUAGAAUGACAGAAGGGAAGUCUGAUGAAGACCAUCCAUCAAUAUCUGGAGAUGAAGAUGUAGACGAUGGCUUCAAGGGUGAGACGGAGUCUGAAGUAUUUGAAGAUGGCACUGGUAGUGAGGGAUCUGCAGCUGUUGUACUGGACCAAGCAGAAAAGAAUUGGAUGCUUUGUGCUGCCAAGGGACAGCUUGCAUCACUGAGGCAGCUUCUGCAGCAGGAUCCUGCACUGGCUCACAAAAAGGACUUUACAUCGGGGUUUACAGCAUUGCAUUGGGCUGCUAAGCAUGGAAUGGAAGAACUUGUGGUCAUGUUGGUGAAUGCAGGAGCUGAUGUGAAUAGUCGAUCUGGGGGAUACACACCUCUACAUAUUGCAGCACUGCACAAUCACAGGCACAUAUAUGACCUUCUAGUCACUAACUAUGGUGCCAAGGAGAAAGUGCGAGAUUAUAGUGGUCGUCUUCCUUCACAGUACCUUAAAGGGGAACAUUCUCUAGAUGAUUCCACAGGAGCAACACGUUCUGAGCUUCAGCUGCUGCUAGAAUUUCAGCAAUCCCGCAGUGAAAGACGAAACAGAAAGUUGGCUGGGCUUUUCCAUCAUUCAAAGAGUGCAGGCUCCAGGAAGAAGUGGGGCUCAAUGGAGGAUUUACUAGAGGAGGAUGAAGACAAGACUGGUGUGCAUUACCUAGCUCUUCCAGCCUCUUACAAACCUGUACGAAAGUUCUCCCGAUAGCUGCAUGAGAUCCGUGGGAUGUUAGCAGCUAUUACUUGCGCUGAAGCAAAGCAGGAGGACAAGUAUAAUUCUGUUGCUGUGGCAUUUGUUGUGAAGAGAAAAAUGGGCAGGCAACUGAACUGUGGACUCCCGUCAGUUUAUGGACAUGUGGCAUGACUUUUGCUCAGCUACCCUCCUGAGGCCUACAGCUACAUCAGUUCUCAUUCCUCUGACAACAUCCAUCAUAAUUGAUCUUACUUCUGUCUGUGCUUUUUUUAUUAUUAAUGAAGCUUGUUAUGGUGCAUUUAUUUCACUGCCACUGUUCCUAUUUCAUUGAGACUCAGAACACUACUAAAGAAGCAGUACAACUUUGCAUUCUGUUUUCAUGAUAUGACUGAAAUGAAGAGCAAAAUGUAAUGUAACCCAUGCUUUUUUUUUUUUUUUUAAGAACAGAUUUUUCCCCUUAUAUUGAAAUAAUAAGGAUAAUCAUUUUUGUUUGGCCACCAGUGAUUUUCAUUUUUGGCUGACAAAUGAUGUCGUGGAAAUCCUACAUUCAACAAAGAAGGACAAAGAGAUGCUGUCGUAUGUCUCUGAAGUCACAUAAUGCGGAAGAGAGGAAGGAAAAAAACAGUGCAUUCAUUUGUUGUUUUAUGAAGCAUGAUCUAAUUUGGCUGAUUUGUUAAACAUGUCUUUAGUACUACAGCUUUUAUUUCUCUUAUUUAAUUAUUUUAAUGAACUUUUAAAGUUGCUAUAUUUUAUUAAGAAAACAUGUUUGGCUGUACCUUUGAUAUGUAUUUAUAUAUUCAUAAUGUGUUCAAAAGUAUAUUUGCUUGCCAGUAGUAAAUAUUUUUAUACAAAAAAAAUUUAAAUAAUUCUCAGUGUUUGUGUUUUGGUUUGUAUGUUUUUAUAACAGGCUGCAGUAAAUGUUUGUUUCUGGUUCAUAGGGGAGAUGACAUAUGAUGGGUCACAUAGGAGCAGGAAUAAAAUAGGAAGAGGGGUGGAUGCAGCUGCAGAUAAUUCUGUUUCCAGAGGAAGGACACUUAAAUUCAUGUGCACUUCUGAAAGUGAGCAAGGCUAUGGCACUAGCUAAUAAAUGCAUUAGUAUGAAAUAAAAUAUGGAGGUUAUAGUUUCUUUGUUGAUGUUAUUAAACAGUUGGCUUAAAAUGG